GUCAGAAUAUGUAUGUCUAUGUCCGCUCAAGCAAAGACAGCUGUGCAGCCAGCCACCAAAGCUCCGACGAUCAUCAAUGCUCGGGACCGCAGGCUGGAAGCAUCGGAAGGAGAAGGAGAAGUCGAGGGAGGAGGAGAAUCAGUUGGUGCGGAGAUGGGAGGAGCAGCAGUUGGUGAAGAGACGGGACCUGGUCCAGGAGAAUAAGAGGUUGGAGAUGGGGAAGGAGAAGGAGAGGGAGUGGCAGAUGGAGGGGAAGAGGAGUUUGCAGCCAAAACUUGCACAUGCAUCUUCAUGAAUCCGCUGUCGGAGUGGCCUGGAACGCCGCAGAUGAAGCCAAAGUACCCGGAUCUGACCAAGAGACAUCGAGCUCGUGGUCACAAGGUCAUCGAGCAAAGAUGUUUCAGAGCGGAUCAAAACAUGUCGGAAAAGUGAUCAUGUUGCACGACCCCAGGGACAUAGAAGAAGACGACACACUUCCAGCAGGAGAAGUCUUCAUAAGCAGCAAGAAAGGGAACGUAGUCUUCAUUGCACCAUAUUCUAUGGCUCGAAUGACGUCUAUAUGGGGUCCGGACGCUGCACAGUUCAACCCAGAUCGUUGGCUGCAGAGUGGCAAACUGGAGCCAGCAUCUGACAGCAAGCUCGUGACGUUCCAAGCGGGUCUUAUACUGGCGCUAUUCUGGUUCGGUUUUUCGAAUUUAUCUGCGCGUGUCCCGUCAAUCGUCCUCCCGAAUAUCGUUUGACGUCCAGCUUGGUGAUGGAGAGCGGCGUGUGUAUCCUAGUUUGAAGGAGAAAAUGAGAACUACUAGAAAAUAGUAGACAUAUUUGUUUCGGAGGAACGUCUGGUCGUUCCAGUUUAGAUAGGCUUCUGGUACGUGGUUACAUGCUUGUGCCGUUUUUGAAUUACAUAUAGAUCAAACUCCUGCUUAUUCAUCA